UCCUUAAAUAAUUUUUUUUUUCUAUUCUUUCCUUGAAGCUGUGAGGAGUUUACAGUUAGCUAACUCUGAACCUUACACACUCUUACACAAUCCAUUUAUCUGGAGCUUCACAUUCUUCAUCAAGAAAUAAGGAUUUUUCCAGAUCUUCCUGCAUCUGAUGAUCUCAUCCUCUUCUCUCUUCUGUUUUUAGCUGAUCCUCCUCUCAUACUUUAAUAGCUCUAAGGAAUAUAUUCAGAAGAUUUAUAUACCCCCCCCCUUUUGUUAAAGUGGUACAUUCUUGUCUGCUGUUAAUGCAGAUGGAAUGUACUACUGACCCUGAGAACGGGGGGAGUUGUUCCUGAGGGAUUAUGGGAGUAGGAUUGAAUAAAAGUCUGAGUUAAUCUGGUGGUACAGACUGCAGGGAGGGUCUGAGGACACACGCUGGAUUAUGGAUCAAUAAAACUCUGAGGAAUAUUUAUCAUCAUUCUUUUCAAAAGGAGGCAAAAAAUCAACGAAGGAAACAUGACCCAGAAGAAGGUGUCACCCUCGGACGCGACUGUAGCUGGAACUUUACCGCCGAGCUACGAGGAGGCGAACGCAGGAUGUCCGGGUUACUGUUACAGCGACGGGGCGUUUUUGUGGGACGAUGAAAACAUCAGGCGUGUUUUUGUGCGAAAGGUGUAUUCGAUCCUGAUGUUGCAGCUGUUCCUCACCCUGGCUGUCGUGUCUCUCUUCACCUUUUAUGACCCGGUAAGGUUUUAUAUUCAGACUCAUCCUGGGCUUUACUCCAGCUUCAGCCUCCUUUUUCUAGUCACCUAUCUGAUGUUGGCUUGCAGUGGAGAUUUAAGGAGGACGUUCCCCUGGAAUCUGCUGCUGCUCUUUGUCUUUACCUUCUCCAUGUCCUUCAUGCUGGGUUUCAUUUCCAGUUACUACAACACGAGGUCUGUGAUGGUGUGUGUGGGCAUCACGGCCGUGGUGUGUGUGUGUGUCACCGUCUUCAGCUUUCAGACCAAGAUCGACGUCACGUCGUUCCAGGGUCUCCUGCUGAACCUCUGCCUGGUGCUGCUCAUCUCCACGCUCGUCAUGGGAUUCCUCGUCCCCUUUGGAUUAGUGAGAGUCUAAAAAUAAAACUAGACCACAACAUGUUAAUCCCACUGAACACACACACACACACACACACACACUGCAGUGUUUACAGACUGGAACAGCUAACACUCUGAUUUACACGUUCAAUACCAUGGACAAAAAAAAAAGACAGAGAGAGGGAUAAUGUGAAGGUGAGACAGGUACAGACAGACAGGUAUACACUGUAUAUGUUCUAUAUGAGUCUAGAGUGUGGGUGUGGUCAGUGAGACAGGUACAGUACAGACAGACAGGUGUGUAUUCCUCUCGUUGCAGGUUCCGUUGCUACACACACUCUAUGGGGUUUUGGGUGCUGUCACUUUCACCAUGGUGAGAAAUAAAGAACCUUCUAGAAGUGUAGAAUAAUCGGUGUGUGUGUGUGUGAGAUAAAGUAUUACAUCACACCUUAGUGUCUCUCUGUAUGACUGUCUGUAAUGUUGUUUAUGCAUGUACACGUCUACCUGUCUGUCUGUCUGAGAAGCUGUCUGAGAGGCAUUUGUCUGUUUGUCUGAGAGUCUGUCUGCCUGUCUGUCUGUAAAUUAAACUUUAUUUUGUGUGUGUGUGUGUGUGUGUGUGUGUGUGUAGUUUUUGGCGUUUGACACUCAGCUGUUGAUGGGGAACAGACAGUACGCUCUGAGUCCUGAGGAGUACGUCUUCGCUGCUCUCGCUCUUUACCUCGACAUCGUUUAUAUUUUCACUCACAUUUUACAGAUAUUCAGUUACAGCAGUGAAUAAACUGAAC